CGCGAGACGUUGAGUGACAGCUGUCCAAUAGAGACCCUCAGUGCUAGCACGACUUGCAGCUUAAGCCCCUCCGCGGUCUGAGGAAUGUCAACUAUUCAACAUGGAGGCGGAGGUCGAUAAGCUGGAACUCAUGUUCCAGAAAGCUGAUUCUGAUUUGGAUUACAUUCAGUAUAGGCUGGAAUAUGAAAUCAAGACUAAUCACUCAGAUUCAGCAGGAGAGAAAAAUGCAGUUGCAAUUUUAAAGGAACUGUCAGCAAUAAAGUCUCGAUAUCAUUCUUUAUGUACACGCUUUAAGCCAGUUUCUGUUGAACAAAAAGAGAUCAAGAGCCGAAUUUGUGGUACUUUGAGCAAGACAAUGGCCAUGAUACAAGAACUACAAAAGCAAACAGACUUGGAGCUCACUCUACUGACUGAUGAAGAGAAGGCUGUGACAGAGCUAUUAAAGUCUCACAUGCCAGACUGAUGAAGAGAUGGAAUUUUAAAAAGGAACUCUGAUGGAAAAAGGAUCAAUUCCAGAGGAAUUCAGCAAGAUGUCUUGGGGAGCAGAGGGGAGCUGAUAAGGACAAUGAGAUUUUCCUUGAGUGACAGGAUCGUGAUGCUUGUCAUAUGAGAGGAAAUUGUAAGAAGGGUAGAUAUACAGAUAAUUGCCAAAAGGAUGAAAUGGGAAUAAAGAGAUUUAAAUAUUGAUACCCACAGUUAAGUUUGUGGUUUCAGGUCUGAAAUCCCUUAAUAUUAUUUUAAAUGUUUUCUUUUUGUAUAGUUGGCAUAAUUUUAGGUGUUUUGGGAUUUUUGUAAAAGAGUAUGUACAUUUCAGUCAGUUUCAGCAAAAUACUUGUAUUAUUUAGGUGUUGUUUUCUUUUAAGACAGGGUCUCGCAAUGUAGCUCUGGCUGGCCCUGGAGCUCACUAUUAGACCAGAGUAGCACUGAACCCUGGAGAUGCCUACCUCUGCCUCCUGAGUCCUGGGAUUAAAGGUGUGUACCAUCACACAGGGUGUUGUUUCCCUCUCUCUCUCACUCUAAAAGACAAGGUCUUAUGUCUUCCUGGCUGGUCUCAGAAUUGCUGUUGCUGAGGAUAAUCUUUCUUUUCCACCUCCUGAGUGCUGGGAUUAGUAGUGUGAGUCACCACGUCUGGUUAUGUAGUACUUUGGAUCUAACCAGACCAUCGUGCAGGUUAGCAGUGCGCCGAAUGAGCCACGGCCCUACUCUAUAAUUUAUUUUUUGAAAAUGUAAAUUAAAGAUAACACAUUUUUAGUUGUGUGUAUAUAUCCAGUAUUUGCCCAAAUCUAAUAUAUAUAAUAGGCUGUUUUGUGAAAAUUUUUUUCUGUUCUUCCCAUUCCUUGCAAUCAUGUGUUUGUUUUCAAAUGCUCUUUUAGACUGUCCAUCUGGUAUUGCAAUAAUAUAUUAUCUUUCAGUCUAGCUUUGUAAUUCAUUCUACAUGAAAGAUAAAAAACUGAAAUCACUGAAAGACUUAUCUGCCUCUAUCCAGUGUGUGUGUAAAUCAGUUUCACUAUAUUUUUGUGGUUCUGCACUCUAACCUAGGAGCCACAUAUUCUUAGGAUGAAAUCUACCACUGAGUUAUAUAUCCCUAAAUCUCCUUAUUUAUUUUUGUGGUUUUCAAACAGAGUUGUACUCUGGUCCAGGCUUGUCUAGGGACCUUGGUGACCUGUCUUCUCAGCCCUUUAGUGUUGGGAUUAUAGGGCUGAGAAGCCAUGCUCACCUAUUUGUUUGCAUUUUGAGACAGGAUUUUACUGUGUAGACCUGGCUGGUCUGGAACAUGUUAUGUAGACCAGGCAGGCGAAGCAGUUCUGCUGUGAGUGCUGUGAUCAAAGGCUGGCCCUGUCUCCUUCAAAUAAAUAAAUACUAUUUUAUGUA